AAAGAUAAUCUUGUAGGGCGUCUUUUAAUGGCGCAAUAAUGCACAUGUGAUACAAAAUGUUUGUAAAUGUUAAAUUCAGCAGUGGUAAACAAAACAAGCCAUUUCCGGUAAUGCGAAAUGAAUGCGGAAAUGCUGGUUUCAAAACAUGAAGUGGUAUGAACGUUAGACAGCGGAGCGGUUUUGUUUCAGUGUAAUACCAGUUCAGAAUGAAAAGGCAAGUUUAUAAAUUACUGGUUAUUAUUGGUUAUUUGAUCUAGCUCCAAAAGUCGCCCAUUAACUGCGAUACAUAUAAUCUACUAACUUUCGAUCCGAUUUGAGCUCGUUAUAAAUUGGAGGACACUGCCAAAGAUAAAGUACUGUUUCCCAUCAAGGGUCCAUUUUUCAAGAUGGAAAAUGGGGUUGCACCCACUAAAGGAGAAGGCUUCCUCUCCAGAAUGGCCCUCAAUGACAACAAGGCUGGUAUGGAAGGUCUUGACAGGGACAAGAUCAACAAGAUCAUCAUGGAGUCAUCCAAGGGAUCUAGGUUUUAUGAGAAUGAAAUGAAGAGAGAGCAGCAGGUGAACCAGCGCAUUGAGAAAAUGAUGCUACAAAAGGCACAGAUCACAGAGCAACAGAUAAUGAAAGCCCAAGCUCAGGUGGAGAGAGUGGCCUCAGAGCUGGAGAGGAGUCGUGAUCUAAGCCGAGUAAUUGUACAUGUGGACAUGGAUGCUUUUUACGCUGCUGUGGAAAUGAGAGACUGUCCUGAGCUGAAGGACAAGCCCAUGGCUGUAGGAUCCAUGAGCAUGUUGUCAACGUCUAACUACCAUGCCAGGAAGUAUGGCGUCCGAGCUGCCAUGCCUGGCUUCAUUGCAAAGAAACUCUGUCCCAACUUAGUCAUUGUUCCACCUAACUUUGAUAAAUACAGAGCUGUGAGUAAUGAGAUCCGAGAGAUUUUUGCAGACUAUGACCCUCACUUUCAGCCAGUGAGCCUGGAUGAGGCCUAUCUGGAUUUUACAGACCACCUGGAACAGAGGCAGAGCUGGCCAGAGUCCUGUCGUACACAUCACUUCCGCGCCAGCAGCACUGCCCCAGGUGUACAGCAGGUUGAGCUUCCCCAGGAGGCAGUGCCAGACCUCUCUCCAGUCCUGUUUGAGGACAGCCCGAGCUCCUCUCCCUGCUUGCAGGGUUCUGAAGCUAUUGGUACUGCCGUUUUCGAGGUGUUUGGGACAUCUAUUGAGGAGGCUGUAAGAGAGAUGCGCUUCCGCAUUGAGCAGAGGACCAUGCUGACUGCUAGUGCAGGAAUUGCUCCAAACACAAUGCUUGCCAAGGUGUGCAGUGACAAGAACAAGCCCAAUGGCCAAUACAGACUCCCCUCCACCAGAGAGUCAGUCAUGGACUUCAUCCAGAAUCUUCCAGUUCGCAAAAUUUCUGGUGUAGGAAAGGUGAGUGAGAAGAUGCUGAAUGCUUUGGGCAUCAGUAGCUGUUGUCAUCUUGGCCAGCAGAUGGCACUGCUCUCAUUGCUGUUCUCGGAGACAGCCUGGCAUAAUUUCCUACAGAUUUCCUUGGGGCUAGGCUCCACAUAUAUACACAGACAUGAAGAAAGAAAAAGCAUGAGCACAGAAAGGACAUUUAAAGAACUGACUAAAGCUGAGGAACAGUUAUCAUUAUGCAGGAUGCUCUGUGAAGAUUUAGCAGAAGACAUGAAGAAGGAAGGUCUGAAGGGGAAAACAGUAACGCUGAAGAUUAAGAACGUGAACUUUGAGGUGAAAACCAGGGCACUGACGCUGCCGUAUGCUGUUGCAGCCGCGGAUGAUAUCUUUGCUGUUGCUAAGGACCUAUUGAAAAUGGAAAUAGAAAAUGAAUGCCCCCAGCCACUCAGACUGAGGCUCAUGGGCGUUAGAAUCUCUGCCUUUGCCAGUUCGGAUGAUAAAAAGCCCCUGCAAAAGAGCAUCAUCGGCUUUCUUCAGCAAGGCAAGACAGACUCAGGCGGUUCUACCCAAGGAAUGCAUAAAAAGCUUGAGAAAGAGCAUCUCUCCAAUCACUCCAUCCAGGUCUGGCCCUUCACUUGUCCUGCCUCAACGCAGAAGUCCCGGAAACAUGAGGAGGUUCCCUGGCGGAGUAAGCACAGGGGGUUAGAGGGAGGCCAGACUGAUGAGGAACCCCAACAGUCUUUCUUCCAAAGGGCCUAUGCCAAAAGGCUGAAACUCCAGGCUGCAAAUUCAAGCACACAAGAGGAAGGACAUGGGGAGAAUUGUUCUGUUAUUUCCAUAGACACUCAUGCUCAAAACUGUGUAGAGUCACCAGUAAAAACACACAAGGGUGUAGCCUCAGAUCUCUCAGUAAAUAGCAUCAUUUCUCCUACACAGGCGUGUGCAUCUACAUCAGGAUGUGGUGGCCCGCUGUCAGAGAACUUCAUCUGUCCGGUGUGUUUCAGGCAGAUUGAGACGACUGAUUUAAAUGUCUUCAACAGACAUAUAGAUCAGUGUCUCAGUGAGGCCACUAGAAAGCCAAACAAAGACACAGAUCCUGACUCAGAGUCAGAUUUGGACUUAGAAAUUGACCAUAAAAGACGUGAGGUGGUGAAAAUAUGGAGGGGGGAGUGUGCGGUUGAAGAGACAAAGACAAAGAACAGUGGAGAAAUGGAGUCCAUCAGAACUGAUCCUCAGGAAGCCCAGUGCAGCAUGAAAAAUGAUUCUAGUCGAACAGUUUUGUUGCUCAAUGGGGACAACAAAACACCACAGCAGCCUGAAUCAUGCUAUUAUAAAGGUCUUGUCCUCAUCUGCCCAGUAUGUCAGCGGACCCAGGACACUGAUGACCUCGCUGUCUUCAAUCACCAUGUCGACCUCUGCCUGAACCAGGACGUCCUACAUAUCCUUGGGGGAGAGACCUCAUCUAUGAAAAAUCUACCUGUUACAGAGAGCAAGGCCGUAGACAGAGGCCAUCUCCCGCCAAGGCAAACAAGCAAAGGCAAAAGCAAAGGACGCGACUCACCUUCCUCUCCUCAUUCAAAGAGGGCUAAACCCCUUGGUCCUCGCAACACCAUUGACAAGUUCUUCAGGUGACAGUCCUGCACAAAUCCUCAUCUGAAGGACCUGGGAAAGUUUUCUACAGGAAAUGAAAACCCACUCUCACCAGUCUUGGUUCCAUGGACAGGGGUUUGCUGUGAUACACACUCAGCUCAAAUUGUUGCUACAAUCAUUGCAUAUGAAGCCAUAGUGAGUUCAGAAUUCUGUCAAAAGAAGCCAAGUAUUUGCACUUAAUUGCUUUUUAUUAACCAUACACUACACAUAAAUGAAAGAUGACAAAGGCAAAUGCUUUUAUAGUGAUUUUUCUAAUAAUGUCAUCUGUCAGUGCCAGUUUCAUUGUCUAUUUUCUGUUGUUUAAUGAAGACAAGCCUAAUGUUUCUAUUUAAAUGUAUGAUAAAUAAAUCAAGAAGGUAUUUAUUACAUGCUAAUGUCCUAGUGUUUUAAAAUGUCUUAGUUAUUAUUCAGAUAUUUUCGUAAAUUCCUGUUGCAUUUAAUGUGCUUUUCAGUGAUAAUACUCUAUAUGCCUAAUUGUGUAUAUGAGAGAAUCCUAUUGUGUAAAGUGAAGUUGCAAUAAAUAACUAUUCAGUUGAAAUUUCCACUUUAGGUAAUGACGUUCCUUACAGAGCCUUAUGUUGAUUUUUUGUAAACACUGCACUGUGUUCAUAGCUUCUAAAGAUAAAGGUAUAAUAUCCUUGUGUUCCUCAAGGCGUGAUAAAUACAUGAGGCUAUACCCAUGCAGUCACUUGCUAGUCAUGUUAACCGGUUGUGUUUCAUGUUAAACGUACUGUUUCUAUCUGC